CUGCCCCUAUUCUGUUGACCAAAUUGACCGAAUCACGCCUCUUUCUAUCUGCAGACUAGCCUCUAUCCCUUAGGACCCGACACACACACACCGGUGCCUCCCCUCAUCCGAGUCUUUACAGUGCAUAUCCCACGCAUGCCUCAUUCCGUCACCUUGGAAACCCCAUCCAACGGCAUCAUGGCGACCAUGACCGUGUCCUCCACCACAACCACCACAGCCCAUAGCGAUUCACGGCAAAAGUUAGAAGCGCAACCCUCAACAGAUGCGCCAAAUGUGGACCACCUAGACAGACAUGGCUAUCUUUUCGGCCAAAAACUCACAGCAUCUCUAUCCCCACUUCUGCACGAUGUGGUCUACCGAGAAAUCGGCCUGAACUGGGCACAAGUACGGCUGGACUCGACAGACAUGGACCUGUUCCUCCAGCUCCGACAACACCCAAAAUUCUAUGGCGCAUCAGUAACAAUGCCACACAAGGUCGCCAUCCUGUCACAUCUGGAUGAGGUGACGCCAGAGUGCCGGGCCGUGGGCGCCUGCAACACACUGUACAUCCGUGACGAGCCAGACUCGUCAUCGCCAACGGGUUUCAAGCGCGUCUUCUGCGGGACCAACACCGACGUCGUCGGCGUCCGCGAGUCGUUCCUGCGCAACGUCCCCUCAGAGAAGCACGACUCCGUCUUCCGCGGGAGGCCGGGCCUCGUGAUCGGCGGCGGCGGCGCCGCCCGCUCGGCCGUCUACGCGCUGCGCAAGUGGCUCGGCGCGACGAGCAUCUACCUCGUGAACCGCGACAAGGGCGAGGUCGACGCCGUGGUCGCCGAGUGCACGGAUCGGGGCUACGGCGACGGGCUCGUGCACGUCGAGACGGUCGAGCAGGCCCGCAAGCUCGAGGGCGCGGGUGCCAUCGUCGCCUGCGUGCCCGACUUCCCGCCCGUCACCGAGGCCGAGAAGCAGGCCCGCGCCGUGACCGAGGUGUUCCUGCGGGAGAAGGAGCACAAGGGCGCCAUCCUCGAGAUGUGCUACAACCCCACGCCCUUCACGGCGCUGGGCAAGCUGUCUGAGGAUGCGGGCUGGCAGGUCAUCCUGGGCACCGAGGCCAUGAUCUACCAGGGUAUCGAGCAGGAUCGGUACUUCACCGGCCGCAACACCGAAGACCUGCCCGUGCAGAAGGUGAAGGAGGUGAUUGACGCACAGGUUGCCCUUAGAGCCAAGUCGUCGUCAUAGCCGACCGAGUGUGAAGCUGUCGGCCGUCAUCUUGAGAAGAGGCGCCAUUUAAGUGUAUUACAUGAAGGCCACUGCUUGAUCUAGAGCGAACUUUGUGACGACAUCUACAAGUUUAUCACGAGACACCAUAAUAGACAGACUCGGAUACGCAAUCAGUUUCCAUUGACA